UAAAGCUCUCGACGAUGAAGUUCGAAACGUAGGUUCAUUUGCGGACAGAUUCUUCAAACAUUGCCAAGAGAUGUUUUAAAGUUUAUAUACAGAUUCCAGGUUUCAACUUUCUUAGCCAUUAUUGAAUCCUGGCAUCCGUCUUGUUUUUUUGGGUUGUGCACUCGUGCAGAGGUCAAAACCUCAAACAUCUGAGAGUGUCGUCUGCUGCGAUUCCUCAGCUUUACUGUUCAUGCACGUCUACUGACAUUCGCCGACACUUCAAAAUGUCUUCAGGAGCUUGUACCGUUAACACAGUUCUUAUAGACUUAAGUGGAACGAUCCAUAUUGAAGAUACAGAGAUUCCUGGAUCUGUCAAAGCGUUAGAAAGAUUGCAGAAAUCAAAAGUAAACAUAAAAUUUGUCACCAACACUACCAAAGAAUCAAAGCGAGUUUUGUUAGAGCGUUUACAUUCCAUAGGAUUCAAUGUGAAAGGAGAAGAAAUUUUUACAUCCUUAACUGCUGCCCGAUACUUGAUAGAGCAAAGAAAACUUCAUCCCCUACUGAUGGUGGAUGAGAAGGCCCUUGAAGACUUCGAAGGUGUUUCAACUGAAAAUCAAGAUGCAGUGGUUGUGGGACUGGCACCUGAAAAAUUUGACUACAACACUAUGAAUCAGGCUUUCAGGUUGAUACUUAGUGGAGCACCUCUCAUUGCCAUACACAAAGGUCGAUAUUACAAACGUAAAGAUGGGCUUGCUCUAGGUCCAGGUCCUUUUGUAACUGCUCUUGAGUUUGCCACAGGGCAGAAAGCAGACAUUGUUGGAAAGCCAGAACUAAGCUUUUUCCUCUCAGCUGUGGAGGAAUUUAGUGUGGCACCAUCCCAGUGCAUUAUGAUAGGAGAUGACAUUUAUGAUGAUAUAGGAGGUGCACAGAAUACUGGCAUGCAAGGAAUACUGGUAAAAACAGGAAAGUACAGAGAUGGGGACGAGACAAAAAUUCACCCUCCUCCACGUUUUGUAGCCAAGAAUUUUUCAGAGGCAGUGGACUUCAUUCUCACACUUAUUUUAUGAUUUACUUUAGUAAUGUUGAAAGCAGUCACUGAUGUUGAAAGCAGUGACAUCAAAACAAGUGUUUAAACUUCAAGACAUGUAUGGAUCUGUGUGCUCAGUAAGAUCUUGAUAUUGGUUGAGCUCUGGACAUGAAUGAUUAGAGUAUGAUGUAUAUGGUAUAACAUUACAGUAAAUUCUUCUAUCUUAAAGCACAGAAAAUAGAAAUGUGUACACAGAUAUAGAACGGAGGUAAAAAAAUUUAAGUGCUUAUUUUAUAAAAUGUCUGCACUUUCACUGGUUUAUAAAGUGGCUGUCUGUAGACAUGGGAAAGUGUAUUUGGAAUUAGGGAAAUGCAGGUAGCCUUGCACAAAAGGUUUUCAAAUACCAAUUUUCCCUAAAAUUGAUUAUGUAUCAGGUUGUCCUGAAUCUUGCUGUAAAACUACUCUCAGAUGUGCUGUGAAUGUGUAGAGUACCUUGGCAAUGUAGUUUCUUCAUCAGUCACCAAGGUAGCUAUUUUUUUGGACAUUUGUUGUAUAUCUUAAUAAUAAUACUUGAAUCUAUAGAGUACAUUUUCUCAUAUAGAGACAAACUCAGUGUGCAGAAAUUGCUGUUAUAGUUGAUGGGACUUGCUAGUGACAUUACCAGUUUAUGAGCAUGAAGAUUUCACAAGGAUUAUCUAAACUAAAACAUGCUAGCAUACAUAUAGAAGCAUGCAUGGACCUGAGCUUUUGUCCACACAUGGACAGAGCUGCAUUUUGAAAGUGCAGGCUUCUCCAUCAUCCACCUGGACCAAGCAGUUGAAGAGAACACAUGGUCAUAUCAGCUUCUCAACUUUAUUUGAUGUCAGUGAAAUGUAGAGACAGACGUGACAAAGGUUCUUCUGGAUCCAUGCAGAAGGCAAAACAAGUCUUGAAUGGUAGCAUUAAGCUACAGUUGAUCCUACUGUGGCACCUGAUACAUCCUGUAUUAGCAAUAUUUCUUUGUUGUCACAAGCCUGCAUUAUAAUGAUAGUAUUUUACAAUGGGUGAAACUGCACUGUUGGAAAAAGGAACUGAAACACAUGACAUGUUGAAACUGAGAAGGCGGUACAUGUGUGGCAAGAAGUGGAGGUAUUACAACUUUCAGUCAAAAAGUUUGAGUUUAAGUGUAUAUGCAUUCUCAGUCACAUCAGGAUGAUGCAAUAUUUUUUUUAAUGGAAUAUAUAUUUGUCACAAUUUCAUGUACACGGCUAUGAAGUGUUCAUAGUGUGUAUUGAAGAAUUUAAAAACAAAUUAAAACUGUGAAUGUGUUUAUGGCACAUAUCUUCAGUGAACCAGCAAAUCAAAUAAUUUACAACAUAAGUGUUUUGUAAAACCAAACUCUGAUAUAUAAUUAAAAUGCAAAUACAAGUUAUUUUUUUCAGAAACAUUUUUAUUAAUAAAAGCUUCUUCCUAAAGACUGACUUUACCCCUAGAGUACAGACAUCGUUUUUAUAAAGAUCUGCGUUUAGAUGUUCUAAGUGUACAGCUAGCCUUUGGAGUUAUGCAACAGUGACAACAUAUGGAACAGUUGUGACGUUCAUUAAAGUAUAUACCUGAAAUGAAGAUACAGCAACAUUUUUGUAGACCAGAUUCUUCUUUCUACAAGGUAUUAAGUGUGAAAGGAGAAAGCUAACAGCCAUGUAAAAAAAAA